AUGACGUUUUGUGUGUUAAAGACUCAAGACUUGGAGGUUAUUGUGUUAUCAACAAAUAUUAGGUCAGAGGUAUAAAACAUAAGGGGUUUUUUUAUAAAAUAAUAAACAUAAGAUGACUAAGUUAAUGGAAUGGGUGUUUUGCUUGACUCUCUUUUUGGGACCGUGGACAGCCGCAGUAACCGGCACAAUAAAAUCGCCUUGGAUAAAUGAACAUUGGACAUUACUGUUAAUAUUGCCGAUUGUUUUAGUUAUUACCUUUGGAAUUUACGCUUUGUCUGUUGUUUUGUACCGCACUUUUACGUUCAAUAAUUGCGAAGAGGCUGCGAAGCAGCUUCAACAACAAAUCGCACAAGCGCAAGCAGAAUUAAGAAUAAAAGGAAUUUUACCCCGGGACCCAAAAGGAUCUGAACUAAUGUAAAUUAACUUAUAUAUAAUAAAUAAAAAAAUUUAUUAAUUACAAAA